AUGCCUUUCCAGACUUCCACCAACACCAACGACCCCCAAAACAAGGGCGUCACCGGCGCCGCCAAGUUCGUCACCAGCACCGUCGGCAACACGGUCGGCGGCGUCGUCCGCACCGUCGGUGAUGUGACGGGCGCCGCGGGCCGCGGAGUCGGCGACACCGUCACCAACGUUACCGGUUCGGCGGGCAAGCCCGUCGGCGACGCUCUCGGAUCCCUGGGCAACGGCCUUCAGGGCGGCGGCGACAGCGUGGCCAAGGGCGUUGAGAACGCUGGCCAGUGGAAGCGAUAA